CUAACACGUCGAGCGUCCUCAGCAAAAUGAUUGUUUUGAUCUUAUUGAAUGUUCUUUUGCUUGCAAACUCUGUUCAUGGGUCUAGAAAGAAGGGCGUGGCUGCAUAUCCUGGCAAUCUUUUGUGCGAUGACUUCAAAGUUCUGAACAACAUGUCAUGGUGGUAUGACUGGCACAUGGACAUGUCGUUCUUUAAUACUAAAGUAGCAAGCGUGUGCCCGCCUUCCACAAACCAGACAAUGCCGCCACAUAUUCCCAUGGUAAAGAAAUACAACAAUCAUACAGUUCUUAAUAUACCAGCAGACGCUCGCUAUGUUCUGGGUUUCAACGAACCGAACCACGCAGCCCAAGCAGGUAUGACUCCACAGCAAGCCGCGGAUGCCUGGCCGGAAAUAGAAAAGCACUCUCAUGGCAAACCUCUCGUCAGUCCGGCAACAGCGGGUAUGGCUUUCCAUUGGUAUGAUGAAUUCUUCAGGUUAUGCCAUAAUUGCCGUAUCGACUAUAUCGCCGCACAUCUGUAUAGUUGCAAUGCCCACGAUAUAAUGUCAUAUCUGCAGAAGCUACAUCAAAAAUAUCACAAGAAAGUCUGGCUGACAGAGUUUGCGUGUCCCAAUUCCAAAAGUGAACAAGAGCAGCUACAUUUAAUGCAGACGUUACUGCCGCAAUUGGAAGCCGCAAAAUACGUUUAUAGGUAUGCUUGGUUCUCGGCUAGAAGACUGAAAAAUUCUCGUGUAAAUUCGAUGGCAAGUUUGUUACACGCGAAUUCCUCAACUUUGACGACUAUUGGUCACUUCUAUAACAAUUUUCAAGCAAAUGGGCACAACGCGCAUAUUGUUGGCUGAUAUGUUCUUUGUAUAAACAACAAAAUAAAGAGAAUGAAGUCGUG